AUGUCCGAUCGUUUCAAGAUGUAUGUUUCUAUUCUAUUUUCCAAAACAUCAAUAAUAUAUAUUCUGGAUAGUAGUUCAAGUACAGAGAACUAUCUAUAUAUCGACAUAAGCCAUCAAUACUACCAGCCGAAUCAGAAUCACAAACCCGAUUUUCGGGUAAUUGAGCUCAGCCAAGCAAGGUCAGGGAGCUUGGAUGCAUUCAGGUACCCAACAACUCUAAUAUACGCAAGCUUUGACCUUGGAACAGUCAAAGAAGCGGUAUAUAAUCUCGCGGCAAAAGUGGAUAACAUGGGACAGCGUAAGAAUACAUCCCUGAAUCAGACGACUAAGGGAACAAAUAAGAGGAUAUCGUAUUUUUUUAUCGUCAUUAUGAUCUCCACAAUUGUAAACUUCCUAAUUACACGGGGCUACAAAUCCCGCAGUAAUUAUACCCAAGAGACUGGAUCUAGCAGCAACAUUAAAUUCUUUGAGGGAGACAUUAUCAGCAGUGAUGUCAUACAAAAUGGUAUAUGUCCUUACACCCCAAGGUCAAUUAUUAUCGACAAGGAUGACAUGCUUAUUUUAAUAUCAUCUAUAAAUACGUGUGUUUCUUCUAACAGUGGUCGGCACAAAACACGCUGGCUUAAGGUGAACGGAGAUUUUCAGGAGAGCAUGUGUACAUUCUGGUUCGGGACAGGCAUCAAAACUCUAUUAAAGUAUGUUAUAAAAGGACAAGCCAAAAAAAGUGGCUGUUUUAAUGUUAAACGCAAGGUGAGAAAGGAAUAUAUUUACAGAAAUUAUAAUGCUCUCCCAAAUCGCUUGCCAAGUAAUGAAAUUCUUUUCCGAGCCCUUGAAAUACGUUAG